AUGGAAUCCUCAACGGCGCCGUCCACCCCCGACGAGCCUCAAAACCGCUUCUUGGCACUAUGGAACAUGACGUCUAAGCGAAUGAGGUCUGCCUGCGGUCUCGUGAUUUUUCUAGGCCUGACGAUAUGGCUGUCCCUGCCAUCCAUCAAGACCAUGACAGUUCCUCAAGUCAGCCUCCAUUAUGGUGUCAAGUCGCCAUUCAACCACACAAAGGUCGCCCUCCUGAUUGAGAACCGUCCCAAUCCUAUACUAGCCCCCCUCAUGCUGCACUUCAUGGCCGUUGUACCCCCUGACUGGCGCUUCCGCUUCAUGGGCUCCGAGGAAUCCGUCGCGCAUAUCAACCAGUCUAUGGCCAUUCGCGAGCAUGUCAAUUCUGGCAAACUCGACCUCACCUUCAUUCCGUCCAACAUGAGCACGGCCGGUCAAGAGAUGAUCUCCCGCUUCCUGACGAACCUGUGGCUCUACGAAACUGUCCUCCAUCCCGCAGAGUGGCUGCUUGUCUUCCAGACCGACAGCAUGCUCUGCGCCAACAGUCGCCACAACAUCAACGACUUUCUCGAAUUCGACUGGAUUGGCGCCCCUUGGAACCCCAGUAGUCGCUGGGGUGGCAACGGUGGCCUGUCUCUCCGACGAGUCUCCGCCAUAAUCGAUGUCCUCCGUGAGCAGGUCCGCGUCGACAACUCCGAACCCGAAGACGUCUGGCUCACCGAGCGUCUCGCCCACCGACCCGGUGCCCGUACUGCCAACAGCACCAUCUCCAUUGUUUUCAGUGGCGAGGGGUUCGUGGGCGAAAAAGUCAAAGUCGGCAGCAACAGCGACGCCUUCAACAGUUCGCUGGAUGCUGCGGCUGCAGGCGAAUACGUCCCCGAGCUCGAUAGCUGGCGCGACGGCUUCUACGAGCCUAUGGGCUACCACACCGGCGGCAGCGGGGCCUACCUCCACGGCCCUGUCUGGGGCAAGCCGUCCCUACGCAAGCACAUUUGGGAUUACUGCCCCGAGAUUAAGAUGACGCUUGCCAUGGACGCCGCCGAGUACAUUCCCGGCCAUUGCAACGACGUCUGGAGACGAGACGGGUCAGAGGCACAGGUGGAGGCGGAGCUGGACGCGAGGUAUCCGUUCGGCUCGGAGAUUAUUGAUGGAGAAGAGUAUCCUUUGCUGCCGCCCGGUCUGUCCGCAUGGUGA